AUGAGUGCCGAGCUUAGAUACUUAGUCACUGGAGGUCACGGCUUCAUUGGAUCCCAUGUUGCUCGGGAACUGAAGAAGCGAGGGCACUACAUUCGAAUCGCUGACACUUCACCAACCUGUGAACUGCCCGGAGAGUUGUGCGAUGAAUUCUUCUUGGUGGACCUUUGCGACCUUGAUCAAUGCCGGCGAGCAGUACGCGGUGUUGGUUGUGUUCUCCACUUUGCUGCUCUUAUGGGUGGCAUGGGCAUGAUUCAUGCGUCGAAUGAGGAAACAAUCUAUAUCAUCAACCACAUUAUCACCUUCAACCUCCUCCGCGCUUGCAAUGAGCAGGGGAAACUCUCGAAGUUCUUCUUCGCAUCGUCAGCCUGCGUCUACCCACAAAUUUUACAAGGCAAAGAAAAUAGAGAUGUCUUACUCGCUGAAACCGAUGUUCAACAUCACCCCAUCACUCCCCAGGGCUUAUAUGGUCUCGAGAAAUUCAACUCCGAAUCACUAGUGCGAAACUUUCGUUGGAAAUCAUACUCUGAAGCCCCUACCCUUUACAUUGGGCGUUUCCACAACGUUUACGGCCCCAAUGGCACCUGGUUUGGUGGGAGAGAGAAGGCUCCCGCAGCCCUCUUACGCAAAGCGGCCGUGGCAAAACUCGUUGGCCAAACGCCUACGAUGGAACUUUGGGGUGAUGGCUCUGAGAGAAGGAGCUUCCUUUACAUCGAUGAUGCUGUCGAUGCAGUCAUGCGGCUGCUUGAUUCAAAGUGCAGCGAUCCGAUAAACAUUGGAUCAGAACGAACAAUAUCAAUCCGGGAACUCGCCUCUACCGCCCUGAAAAUGGUAAACCUCAGCGGAUCAGGGGUUAGGUUUGCAUAUGACCACUCCAAAGACGUUGGUGUUGGAGCCCGGAGUUCUGAUAAUACAUUGGUAGAGAAAGUACUUGGCUGGAGACCUAGGGUUUCUCUGGAAGAAGGAAUGGAGAGAACGUGUCGUUCGAUUGAAGCAGGGAUCGAAAAAUUCUUGGAAGGGCUCCCUGACGAAAAACGGAAGGUUCAACUCGAACUCUGGAAGCAUAGCGAAGUCGAAGACUUGCGGUCCAACUCUAUUAGUUUUGCCUUGUUGCUCCCAAUGACGUCGAGAAAUUCUUCCUCGCCCAACGACUGCUUGGACUCGCUCAAACGGUUUGCCUAUUCCAUUGUCGACACAGCGUGGCGAGACACGCACAGUUACAGCCAGACAUCAUUCAAGGCCAAAAUAUACCUUGGUAUCGACAGCGAUGACGACUUCCUACUUCUAGGAUCUGGGGAAACGAAACCCGAAGCCGUAUUACGCUCCGCGGGGCUGAUAGACGUUGUUCUGAUGAAAUUCGACCCAUGCCAUGGCCGUGUCUGCGACCUUUGGCGGGAUCUUGCGAGGAGGGCCUGGCAGGAUAGGGCCGACUAUUUCAUACUUCUUGGUGAUGAUGUUGAGCUACUGGACGAAGGCUGGAUGAGGAAGGCUCACCAAUGCUUCCUCGAUCUUGCGACCACUCGGGGUCUUCCUCAUGGGGUUGGGUGUGUUGCAUUUACGGACACCACAUUCCCUGGGAUGCCAACAUUCCCGAUCAUUCAUCGUUACCACAUGGACGCCUUCGACGGCAAGGUUGUUCCCGAAAUCUUCGUCAAUCAAGACGGAGAUCCUUUUCUAUUCCAGCUCUAUCGGCGCUUCGGGGUCAAUAGAAUGAUGCCCUCACGAAUAUCAAACAGGGUCGGCGGAGAAGGAUUAGCUCGAUAUUCCAAAGUCUCUGCGAGACAUUGGACAUUCCAAACACUCGAUGUAGCGAGUGACGCGUUGACCAAGGAUUUAGCUGCAAAAGCGCUCGAGGGCGCCCGGAUAAGCACUAUCGAUGUCAUUGUUCCCUCAUUCCGUGUGAACUUAAGCCUUCUCGACAACAUUCUAGGACUCCAAUCGAGCGACACUUGUUCCGUGAACUUCAUCAUCAUAAUUGACACUCCCGACUCCCCUUUCAUAGAUAAACUCCUUACCAGACACGGACAUCGGUCGGAUGUCCGGAUAAGGAUCAACGAACGUAACCUUGGGGCAAGUGCUGCAAGGAAUCGCGGUCUGUCGGAGUCCGCAGCGGAGUGGGUUCUGUUCCUAGAUGACGACGUGAUUCCUGAGCCCAAUAUACUCUGGAACCUGGAACGUCACAUCCGUGUACAUCCCCAAGCAGCCGGCUUUGUUGGCUUAUCUCAUUUCCCAAGUCCAAGCUCAAUUUUUACCAUGGCACUACACUAUUCCGGCAUCACCUACUUUUGGGACAUAGCCGAGAAAUUAGAAGGGGAGAUUCCCUGGGGGGUCACAGCAAAUCUGGCAGCUCGGCGAGUGAAUGACGGGUCUGAGUUCGACCUUAGGUUCCCGCGUACUGGUGGUGGGGAAGAUGUAGACUUCUGUCUCAGACGUCGCCAGGCUUCGAAGAUGACUGGGGGUGUUGGAUUCCUUGGUGCACCUGAUGUGAUUGUUACCCAUCCCUGGUGGAACGGGGGAUCUCGCUCGUAUCGGCGUUUCUUCGGGUGGGCCCGUGGGGACGGUGCAUUGACAGACAUGUAUCCUUCUUUGUCUUACAGAGAUGCGCCAAACUCUGCAGAGAUCCUUCUUGUUGCCUCUGCCGGAACAAUAGUGGGUUUGCUCGGGGUCAUUCUUCCUUGUUUGUCCCCUCUUCGCCACGUUUCCUUUGCUCUCAUUGUUUCAGUAAUGGUCGCAAAUAUCUUCCACGACAUCUUCCGUCACCUCUGGAGAGAAAGAGGCCACAUUCAGCUUCCAGGGGUUCAGCCUAAUGGCUUCAGAUGGAGUAUCGCGAUAUUAGAGAGCUCAAUUAUUCGUAUGGUUAGCGAGUUUGGACGACUGGUGGGAAUAUUGGAACGGAGAGAGUUUACGAGCAUUUUCAAGAGAUUUGAUUGGUUCAUUCGACUUCCGGGGCGUAAGGACAAGGAGUUGGCGCGCACGAACUCGGCGGAGCGCCUCAUCCUCAUCGUGUUACUCAUGGCCAUUUACCUCAGCCGCUGCUGAGCAGAAGUGUUUGCUU